AUGGCUGACGACCCCCGCGUCAAUACGAUAAACGAGAGUCCCAUUCAGAAUGCUCUUAAUAGGAACUUCACCAGACUGUUUAAUUCGCUCUGUGAAGCAAACGAUCUCUCCUGCACGUCUGAUGCGCUCAAUUAUCUUCCACGAACAGAUAUCCGAAACCUCACCCUUCAGCUCUUGCUGGACCUGGAACACUCUGCGAUUUUCGAAUUAAUGCCCACAUAUAGUCGUGCCGCUGCCCUGGACAAUAUUCAGAUAUUGAAGUCUGCAAUAAUACUGUCCGAAGCGUUUGAUCUCUCCCUUAUGAUGCAGUUAAUGAAUACACCCAUGCCUCCUCCCAACAAAUCCAACGGAUCCACAAUACAAGUAGCUUUGCAAUUUGCAACCCUCUCCGAGCACCGCCAAUAUAUGGAUCAAAUUCUCAUGGCUGAGAUUGGACCUCUUGGUUUGCAAGAAGCGUCCCGGGCCGUAUUCCAAAGAUGCAGGAAAGGCAUAAAUCCGCUUUUUGUAGCUGAUAGAUGGGAGGGCUGGCCAGGAGAUGCAAACCAGGAAGACGUCUUGACUUGGUUCUCAGAUCUGGCUGAUAAACUUGCUGACCUUUCACAAGACUACCGUCCCGAGUCGGCAGAGGCACGAAGGCCAAUAGCCCGACCCAACAGGCCCAUUCAAGGCUCUACGGAAGAGCGCGAGCUAGACAUUGGCUUUGUCAGCGACAUCAAUGCAGGAAAAGAUACCAAGUGCCUUUGUGCAGAAAUCCUCGUACCUGGAGUGUUGAAAAGCAAUGCAGCAGCCGAUACCGCUGCGAAUACAUGGCUCGAUUUGGGGAGGUGCGCUAGAGAAGUCCUUGCUGCCCAGGAUACCCGUCGGUUUGUCUUAGGCUUUACCAUAUGUGGAUCCUUCAUGAGGAUAUGGGCCUUUGAUCGUCUCGGGGGAGUUGCAUCGGAUCGAUUCGAUAUCAAUGAGAAUGGUCUCCAGUUUGUGUUCAUCAUUAUCGGCUUCCUAUGGAUGAGCGACGAGCAAUGCGGAUUUGACUCGGAUGAAGGAGGUUCUGCGCGCGGCUAG